AUGAUGAAGUAUAGCCGAUUACCGGUAAUAUGUGUGGUACGAUAUUCAUCUUUCCUCGAUACAGUAACAACAGCAGGAACCUCAGAUGUUGCUGACAGCUCGUCAAGCCUACCGGACAGGCAGUCUGGUAAUAGGAAUACCAGAGUUGUAUCAAGAUUAACCGAAAGGCAUCGUUUAAUUGCUGAAGGUCGCUUACCACCUGUAUCUUAUGAAUGGGAGAAAGAGCGUUGGGCAAAACGUGAACGUUUCGGUACUUAUGGUUUGGCUAGCGGUGUUAAUCCUGCAGAGUUAUGGCCUACUGUUGAAGAAAUUCAGGAAGAAGAAGCGAUCGGGUGGUAUGUGAAGUACAGUGAUGCUUUAAAACGUGUGGAAGAUGCAAAGAAGUUGGAAAGUUUCACUACUUUAACAAGACUUAAAGAAGUGGCCGCACUUGAAGAGAAGUAUCCGGAAAUGUUGAAGGAAUUUUUGGAGAAUCGAAAAGAGGUAGUUCCUGUGAAAUCGAAACAAGAAUUAGAAGCAGAGGAACAAGCUAAAGAUAUGCUUGAAUAUUAUGGUUAUGAAGUCUCGCCUAAAGAUCCACGAUUCCCAAUUUUGUUUGAAAGAAUGAUUGAAGCAAAGAAGAAAGCAGCCAAAUUAGCAGAGAAAGAAGAAUUAUUGUUAAAGAAGCGCACAUCACGAAAAAAGGAAAAAGAAAAGAAACAAGAGAAUAAAGAAGAUUCAUAA